GCAAAAGCAAAAGGGUGGCAAGCAAUCAUCGUGAGCUUCCACCUUCCCCUGCACCAAGUUAAGGAGGGAGGGCUAAUCUCGUACGGAGUACAACAAAAUCCUCAAUAAGAUUCUUCUUUAUUUCUAUUCCCUUUCUUUUCCGUCCCCUCCGUUGUGUGCUUUGUUAUUCGGUGCAACAGCAAAAUCGAUCGCAAUGCCUUGCGUGCCAGCUCCAAUCUCCUCCCUCCCUCUCCAAUAAUCCGUCUCCAUCUCCAACAGCAAUCCUUCCCACCCCCGCGAUAAUCUAGCCCCCCCGAUUCUUCCGAGUUCAGUUACUACUGGUGCUAGUAUACUUGUAUCCACCGCUCGAUAAUCUGCGUGGGGUUUAACAGCUCCGCCCGCUCCAAGGUCCGCCUUUUCUUCUUCCAACAAACUCGCGGUAAAACAAAAUCCCAGUCCUUUUCCGAUUCCAUCUCGAGUAGCGGUAGCUGCUGUGCUAGUAUUUCACUGCCGCCGAACGCUCGCCGUCGUCAAAAAAAAUAUUGCGCAAGCUCUUCUUUUUUUUUUUCACUUUUAUCCGUUCUCUCAUCGGCGGCGGCGGCGGUGGAGGGGCCUGAUUUUGUGGCGUGACUCGGAUUGUUUCGCAGAUACGGUAGCGGAGAGGAAGGAAGGAAAGAAACCCGCCCGGAUUCGAAGCGGCGGAACCCGAUUCCGCCCUUGGAUAAAUUGCCGCCGAUCGUGGGGUGCCAAGGCUUAUUACCUAUUUCUUCCUAGUGCGGCGGGCGGGGGCGCCGGAUUCCUUGUUGGUUGCUCCGUUUGGUUUUGCAGGGAAGAAGACAGGUUUAGAUGGGGUCCAUCCUGUGCUGCUUGCGCGGCCCCGACGAUGCGCCGGGCUGCUGCUUAUGUCUGCCGUGGCCUUUCUUGAACAACAGCAGCACCACCAACUCGGGCGCCACUGCUCGUCAAAGAGCGGAUACACGGGUCGCACCUGUUCAGGGGAGAGUUCCUCUUGCAGUUUCCGCUGGUUCGAGGCAGGAGGAUUCAAUGAACACCUUUCGCUGUCCUCCAAGGCCUUUGCCUUACGAUGACCCUCGAUUCAGCCAUCAGACGGAGCACCACCCACUAGUGUCAGAACAUGAGAAAGCAUCCACGCAGUUCCAAAAACCUAAUCAACUUGGAGAAAGCAAGAAUGUUGAUACCACAUCAACAUGCACUGCUGACAAGACUGACGGGUCAUCUGUCAAAACUCAAUCUGGAGCAGGUCCGAAAAUUGGGGGAACUCAACUCUAUGUUCCUUCAGAUUCUGAGGAAGACUGUCCAAUAUGCCUAGAAGAGUAUGAUUAUGAGAAUCCAAAGAUAGCGUUAGAAUGCAAUCACAGUUACCAUCUUGGUUGCAUUUACGAGUGGAUGGAAAGAAGUCAAUCUUGCCCAGUCUGCGCCAAGGUAAUGCUGUUCAACGAGGGCCAAUGACCAGACUGCUGCAGAACUUCACAAAUGCUGAAGACCCAGAAACUGAAUCAUGUAGGUUAUGUACAUAGGAUGGCUAGAUUCACUUUUUGAUUAUAGAGCAGAUAAUUUUCUUCUUUUUUCUCCACAAAGUUGAUGGUUUGUGCCAACGCAGACCUGACAUUUCAAGUGAUGUCACUUUGAUGAAGGGUGGAUGAUUGCUUUGGUUUUGGCGUGAUGAAGUUUUUCACUUAUUCGAUUGGCAGCUUGUGCAUUUUGUGCGGGUUUCUUUUAAGAAGAAACAUCAAACAUCUGCUGCAACUACUGUGCCAAUGCUUGUAGCAGGAACUGUACUGUUAUGGCCUAAAAAAAGGAACUGUACUGUUAUAACCGAAUAA